AAAUAAAUAAAUAAUUUUAAAAAGAGUUAAAAAAAAAAAAAAGCAAAAAACAAGACAGCAGGCCCAAGGUGGAGUCACUUAUGCUAAGCCCCAUGUCACCAAACCGAGAUAACUUGAUUAGAGUUUCAGCUCUCCUGGAAAUUGUAUCUUAAACCAGUCAAUCAGGAAUUGCCUGACCAGCACUAGCAGGUUCAUCUGCCUGAUAGACCCCUGCUACUGCCUAAAAGAAAGUGAUCUUGCAAUAACCAACCCACUUUUUUGCCUAAGUGUAACUUCUUUGUGUCUGCUCCCUUCUGCCUAUAAAAGUCUUGCAUUUUACACAACUUCUUGUAGCUCCUUUCUGUCUGCUAGACGGGAUGCUGCCCGAUUCAUGAACCGCUGGAUAAAGCCAAUAAGAUCUUUAAAAUUUACUCUGUUGGGUUUUGGUUUUUAAUAUUUGUUAAGUAUCAGAUCUCAUGCUCUUUGGUGACAUCCAUGCCCCAACCCUGCUCCCUCCCGUGUAUCUCCCUGGAGCUCAGGUUACCCCCUCAGCAAGAGGAUGGAUCUUCUUGGGUGGCCACACCUCAUUCCAGGAGGCUGGGCUGGCCACAGGGAGGAGUGGAGUGUGGAUCUGGCGCUGGGGAGCCCAGAGCAGCCCUGGAAAGCUGUGUGGGGAAUGUGGGCUGGGCUGGGGGGCCCCAGGUAAGUCACUUCUCCUCUCUGAGUCCCUCCACUGGUAGACAGGGUGGUUCCUCACAGGCUGCUCUGUGUACGGUUGUAGAAAGGGGCCAAAGCAGCCACCUUUGCCUCCACAAGUGCUGCGGGGCCGUCAGUACGUCAGUACCCUCCCCCAGCCCAGGAGGCUCUAGGGAACAGUCGGGGGGGUGUCCCUGGAGAGAGGGUCUGAGUUUGCGGGGGUGAGGUGGGAGAAUUGCAACAACAGCCUACACGUGCUGGGCUCAGGCUGCUGUGAUAAUCUUCAUCGCAGUCCUAUGAGAUGGUAACUAGACCCAUUUAAGUCAGGAGGAGAGGGAGGUUCAGUCAGACAGGAAGGGGAGGUGCCCAGGCCCGACAGCUGGAUCUAGGAUCGGAAUCCACCUAGUGGGACAACACUUGCGAGGGUAUGAAUCUCUGGGUGUGUUUCUUGGGGUGAAUAUGUGGCUGUGAUCCAGGUCUCUUGAGGUGUGCUUUUGUGGGUGUUUGGAUGGGUGCACCUGGGGGUAAGGAUGUGCGUUUUGGGGAGAUUGUGGGUAUAACUGUGGAUGUCCAGCUGACCUGGGUGUUGAUGGGCAGGGCAGAUCGUGUAGACAAGCCCCUUCCUUUGCUGUGCUCAGACCCACUGGAACUCCCAGCCUGGCCACCCUCUUCCCUCUUGGCCCCCAGCAGGGCAGAGGGUAUCCCAGGGAACUGGGACUGCCCUUGUGGGGGGCGUCUUACCUAGUGGCCACUACUCUGGAGGGGCUGGGAGAUAUGAGGAGGGGACCCCGCAGAUAUACAGGGACCCCUGUUCAAGAAGGCCUUUCUGGGAGUGCUUGCUGCCGUACGGCACAGUGCUCCUUGGCAGACAGCUGCGGCCCCGGGUGCUGGGGAGCUCAGGACUCCAUCCAAGGUUAGGGCUCCGGACUGUGUGCUCCAGCCGCUCUCCUGGCCACCCCAGCCCUGAGGGCAAGCCCUGGUACCAGUCUCUGCCGGCUCCAGCUUUCCCCUCCCCCUCUAUUCUCUUUCCAUCUCUCUUCCAUUAUGGGUCUCUCUCUAUUUAUCCCCCUCUGUCCUCUGUCUUUUCUUUACCGCGGCCCCUUAGUCUGUGACCCUUUCUGACGAUCGCUAUCCGUUAGAACCUGGCCCACUGUUCGACUUACUGUCUCCGAAGGUCUCCUGUCUGUCCCUCUGCCUGUCUCUCUGUUUGUCUCUCCCUGGGCCCCCGGCGCCUUGCCUCUGGCAGGGUCGGGCCCGCCCACCCCCAGGACCCCAGGUUCAGGAUGGGUGGCGGAGGUUUUGCCGGGUCCCCCGGCUGGAGGACGGUGGGGCCGGGCCACUUCGCCCCGCGCCGCCCCGCGCCUGGCACUGGGCAUGCCCCGGGCGCUUCUAUAUAAAGCGGCGCCGCCUCGGCCGGGCGCUGUGCCGCCGCCGCCGAGUCCCGCCGGGUCCGCGCCGCCCGCCGAGCCCGGCAGAGCCCCGCCGAGCCGCUGCCGCCCGCCAGUCUCUUCCAUCAGUCUCUCAGCCUCUCCACCUGUGAGAUGCUGUCCCUGGAUCCGCUGGGUCCCGAGUGUGACUCCCCCCUGGGCUCCAAGGACCUGGAAGAAGAGGAGGGCCCAUGGGGUGGGGGCUCUGGCCUGCCACCCCCAGGCUGCUUCCAUGGUUCCUGGCACCAUGACGUGGCCCUGGACUGCAAGGGCUCCCCCGAGGGGGCGGAGGCCCGGGCCUGGACUGUCUACUACUACAGUCUCCUGCAGAGCUGUCUGCAGCAAGCUGGCCUUCCGGAGACCCAAGACCGCAGCCAGGUGCCCCGCACAGGCUGUCCUGGGGCGGAGGUGACCUUGUGCAUUCUGGGAUCCCCCAGCACCUUUCUGUCUCUGCUGCUGGAGGGUGGGGUUCAGAGCCCGGGUGAGUGUGUGCCCAAGUUCCCCCACCCCCUCCUGCAGAAAGGGCAGCCCUGCCCUGGCCCGGCCACAUCCCAAAAUACCCGCCAACUCUGGCAACUGCCUGCAUUCCACCGGGCCAGCUGCCCUACUCCGAGUGGGGGUGGGUUCUGGGAGCAGCUGCCCCCGACUACCCAGGGGCCCAGGCUGGAGGUGGAGGGCAUGGGGGCAUUAAGCCCUCCCUGGCCAGCAACCCUCCUCCCUCUGCCCACAGGAAACAUGCUCCUUUGCCUGUCCCCUGCUUGGCUGACAAAGGUGCCAGCACCAGGGCAGCCGGGCGAGGCAGCCCUGCUGGUCUCCAAGGCCGUGAGCUUCCACCCGGGGGGCCUGACAUUCCUGGACGAUUUUGUCCCCCCUCGCCGUGCCACCUACUUCCUGGCGGGCCUGGGGCUGGGGCCUGGCCGGGGUCGAGAGGCAGCUGAGCUCGCUCGCGACCUGACCUGCCCCACAGGAGCCUCAGCCGAGCUGGCCCGGCUGCUGGAGGACCGGCUGCUGACGAGGCGAUUGCUAGCUCGGCAGGGUGACGUGUCUGUACCAGCUACCCUGGCUUUCACCUACAAGCCGCCGGCACUGCUGAGGGGAGGGGAUGCCAGCCCGGGACUACGGCUGGUGGAGCUGAAUGGCAAAGAGGGCCAAGAGACACUGGUGAAGGAGGAAGUAGGGGCUUUUCUGCACUCUGAGGCCCUGGGUGAUGCCCUGCAGGUAGCCAUGAAGCUCAGUGGCUGGCGCUGGAGGGGGCGGCAGGCAAUGCGUCUGUAUCCCCGAGCUGAGCUGGGCCCAGUGGUGGACACAGUGCUGGCAUUGCUGGAGAAACUAGAGGAGGAGGAGAGUGUCUUGGUGGAGGCUGUAUGCCCACCUGCCCAGCUGCCCUUCCCAGGCAGCCCCCUGCCUGGCCCUGAGCUGGCUCUGCGUAUCUGUGCUGUGGUCUGUCGGACACAGGGUGACAGGCCCCUGCUGAGCAAGGUGGUGUGCAGCGUGGGCCGUGGGGACCGGCCUCUGCGGCACCAGAGCUCCUUGCCACGGACGCUGGAGGCGGCGCUGGCCCAGUGCGGCCUGGGUGAGGCUUCGCAGGUGGCAGUCGUGCGGCAGCGCGUCAAGGCGGCGGCCGAGGCCGCGCUAGCCGCCGUGCUGACCCUGGAGGCCGGCCUGAGCGCUGAGCAGCGCGGCGGGCGCCAGGUCCGCACUGACUUCCUUGGGGUGGACUUCGCCCUGACGGUGGCCGGCCGCGCGCUGACCCCCGUGGCCCUGGAGCUGAACGGAGGCCUGUGUCUGGAGGCGUGCGGCGCGCUCGAAGGGCUGUGGGCCGCGCCGCGCCCGGGGCUGGCGGCCGAGGAGGCGGCGGCCGCGCCGCUGGUGGAGACGAUGCUGCGGCGCUCGGCGCGCUGCCUCAUGGAGGGAAAACAGCUGCUGCUGCUCGGCGCGGGCGGUGUCAGCAAGAAGUUCGUGUGGGAGGCGGCGCGCGACUACGGGCUCAAGCUGCACCUGGUGGACUCAGACCCCAACCACUUUGCGUCCCAGCUGGUGCAGACCUUCAUCCACUUCAACAUAACAGAGCACCAGAGGGAUGAGGAGAACGCACGGGUGCUGGCGGAGCUGGUGCGGGCACGCGGUCUGCAGCUAGACGGCUGCUUUUCCUACUGGGAUGACUGCCUGGUGCUCACGUCCUUGCUCUGCCAGGAGCUGGGUCUGCCCUGCAACCCGCCAGCCGCCAUGCACCUGGCUAAGCAGAAGAGCCGCACCCAGCUGCACUUGUUGUGCCACCAUGGCCCACCCUGGCCCGCGCCCUCCCUCUAUGCUGUGCCCUGCUGCCCAUUGGAGAGCGAGGCCGACGUGGACAGGGCUGUCCGCCAGGUGCCCCUGCCAGGUGUCAUGAAGCUGGAGUUUGGGGCGGGUGCAGUGGGUGUACGGCUGGUGGAGGACGCGUCGCAGUGCCAUGAGCACUUUUCCCGGAUCGCCCGAGACCUGCAGGGCGAGGCCGACCACCCCGGCAUCGGUCUGGGCUGGGGCAAUGCCAUGCUGCUGAUGGAGUUCAUCGAGGGCACCGAGCACGAUGUGGAUCUGGUGUUGUUUGGGGGGAGACUGCUGGCUGCCUUCGUCUCCGACAAUGGCCCCACACGGCUGCCUGGCUUCACUGAGACAGCGGCCUGCAUGCCCACUGGGCUGGCACCGGAGCAGGAGGCGCAGCUAGUGCAGGCAGCCUUCCGCUGUUGCCUGGGCUGCGGGCUGCUGGAUGGGGUCUUCAACGUGGAGCUCAAGCUGACUAGGGCUGGGCCGCGGCUCAUCGAGAUCAACCCCCGCAUGGGUGGCUUCUACCUGCGAGACUGGAUCCUGGAGCUUUAUGGUGUGGACCUGCUGCUCGCUGCUGCUAUGGUGGCCUGCGGCCUGCGGCCUGCCUUGCCUGCCCACCCACGCGCCCGUGGCCACCUGGUGGGUGUCAUGUGCCUGGUGUCCCAGCACCUGCAGGUGCUGAGUUCCACCGCCAGCCGCGAGACCCUGCAGGCUCUUCACGACCAGGGCCUGCUGCGUCUCAAUCUGCUGGAGGAGACCCUUGUGCCUGGAGAAUACGAGGAGCCCUACUGCAGUGUGGCCUGUGCUGGGCCCAGCCCGGCCGAGGCCCGUCUCCGCCUGUUGGGCCUCUGCCAGGGCCUGGGCAUCGACGGGCCCCACUAUCCCGUUGCCUACUUCUUGUCCCACUUCAAAUAGUGCUGGGGCCAGAGGGCGGGGCAAAGUGCUGGAGGGGAUGCGGUGGUGCCCUCUGCUCCCUGGUGCUCUCCCUGCUUCUCUUCCCAUGGCCCUGCCCCAACCGUUGGAGAGGUCUGGUCCCCUCCAAGGCCCCAGGUCUGUUCCAGAGCGGCAGGGCUAUUUUGACACCACAGCCUCCUGGACUUGAGGGGCCACAAAAGAAGUAGCUGGUGGGCUGCUUGUCCUCCCGAAGGCCCCAGUCCAGCCCAUAGCUUCCCAGGACUCUAGUCAUGGAGAAGCAACAACAGCUGCACACACACACAGACACACACACACAGACACACACACACACCCUGCCCCCAGGUUAGUUCGAGUGGGCCCAAACCCAGCCCAUCCUUCCCACCCCUCCAGGUCUGUCUCUUCCUGCUGCCUACAGGAGAGAACCUGGCCUCUGGCUUUGGACAAAUCCCAAGAAAAUCUGAGACUAAACCCCUCGUCCUCCUACUCUCACCCCCUCAUUUAACAAAUUCUAGAUAGUUCUGGAGCCUGCUGACAAUGUUUGGCAGUGCCCCACCUGCCUCAUUCGGCCUGAGCAGUAGAAGCAGGUGACUUGGGGUCAGUAGUAACCAUCUCCCCUCCAGGCAGACACUAUUGCCCCAUUCUACAGAAAAGGAAACAGGCUCAGAGAGGAAAAGCCACUGCCUCGAUGUCAUACCACAGUGGAUGAAGAGUCGAGGGACAAGAUGCAAGGUCCAGGUUUCUGCUUUUACUAAGUUGUACCUGCCCACUCAGCUUCCAGGCCCCACUCACCUCCUAUAUAGUGGCCCUGAGACAUGUGAACACCCCUCCCGUGCACUAUGCACCUUAUCCACCAAGCUUUGGUGCUUUGGCCUCAGGCACACCUAACUAGCAUUGGCAGAGGAGACUCUACACUCCCUUCCUCAUUCAGGGGAGGCUGCUUUAAGAACUCUGCCUCUGUGCUGCACAGGAGCUGUGGACAGCUCCACAAGCGUCCCUCUCCAAAUAAAGGCUUAUGGACUAGUGAAA